AUUUGCAGAGGUCCUGAAGUGUAAGUACAGCAAAGCGGAGGCAAAUAUAGUGAUUCUGAAAAGAUUGGGCGCCAUGGUUUUGCAUGGUGUUGAUGCGAAACGAAUGAGGUUUCACACUGACUUGAAGAACAGACGGUUUGAUCAUAUUGUCUUUAAUUUUCCUCGUGGUGGAUUCAGAGGAAAAGAGAAUGACUUGCGUAUGAUCGACUUGCACAAGGAGUUGGUGUGGGGUUUUUUCCGCAAUGCACGCCACAUUGUUCGGCAACUUGGUGAAGUCCAUGUUACCCACAAGUCUGGGGAACCAUACGGCAGCUGGGAUCUUGAGCACCUGGCCUCUGAGUCUUCUUUUGCUAUGGUUGACAAAGUUCCUUUUCAAAGGGAAGACUAUCCAGGUUAUAAUCAAAAGAGAGGAGAUGGUAAGAGAUGCAACAAACCUUUUGAUCUUGGUGCAUGUUGCACAUUCAAGUUCCAAAUCAGAAACUUGAAUAAACUGAAGCAAAUGAAUAGGAGGUCUCGUUUAAUCCCAAACCUUGGAGGCAACAACUUUCAUCCAGGCCAUUCGGUAACUGACAGGGGGGUAUUUCAUCCGGUUGCACCUGUUGAAGCAAGGUCUUGGCACCAUUUUUCUCCGCUAGCUCACACAGGAAGCAUGCUGAUGUCUCCACAGCCUUACACAGUUAAUCAAUGUCAAUGAUCCGGGAGAUGCGGUUCAUAUCCCAAGCCGGUGGUGAGCUCUGAUGGCAUUGCGGCUGGACCUUAUUUGCAUAAAUAGGAGAGUUGCCACCCGGUGGUGAGCAUGCCAGGCCCAUGUCUGAAUGAUUUGCCCGCUCAAGGUGGCAUUCCUCCACCUCUACCAAUGAGCAGAAUCCCAUCUCCUGAUCUCCUUGCACCUCGGGAGCAGCCUUGGUAUCAGCAGAGAACUAUUCUUGAUCACCUAGGAGUCGAUGACUACUUCUUUGCCCGGGAACACCAAAUGAGUCUGCAGAGGGAGUAUGAAAUGAAGAGGCAAGUCAUUCCAUUGGAACAUCGCCACACGGACAGGGAGUCUGUUGAGAAGCUAG